AUCAUCACAUCAAUCGCUCAGGAUCGUAUCAGCAUCAUCACCUCUAUCAUCUACAGCUGCGUCCCCUGGAUUUCUCCCGAUUGAUUUGGCUUCAUCACCCCGGGCAACUACGGCUUCAUCACCUCGAGCGCUCCCAAACGAUUGAUCAUCAUCUCCUUGAUCAAUCCCGUGCUCUGAAGCUACAUCACCGUGAUUAAUCACUCGGUUUUACAACUAAGCUCAACAUGCCUCCAAGCCUGAGUGGUUCGAGCUUGUCAGAACUGGAGUCCAGUCUUACGGACCUGGAGUCGACUUUAUCUAGCUUAAGUUUGCAGUCGGAACCUGACAUUGGGCCUUUGAUCAACAAUGAUAACAUAUCAGGCAACUCGAGUGAUGAAUCAACAUCAGACUCUGAUCUUGAGCAAAUAAUCAAUAAGCGCAAUGUUACUCUGAGAGCCAAGCCAGAUGGGCUUGAUUCAACUUCUGCAAAGAGUACUAAGAAAAAACGGAUCCGGAAGAGAUCAUUAUCCAUGAAAGCUUAUCAGCAUCAAAGAUCCCAAAGGAAGCGACCAGCGAGGAGGGCCAAGAAGAAACAGCACGGGAUUCAUUCCCUUCUCACCACAUACUGGGUGCCUGGCAAGAUGUGUACUACUUCCAGAACACCGGUGUCGAUCGACCUUUUUCCCGCUAUCACUGCUGAGUAUCGACAAAAGAAGGAAGCAAGGGCUGUUGCAAAUGAGCGGUUUAAGCAGCAUGGUGGACAAAAGCCCUCAAACAAAACGAUUUACAAGCGCAACCCAACACCCAAAGGAAUCGAGGACGCCUAUUGCUAUGUAAACGACCCUUCUAAGUUCAAGCUAUACGACCACGGCCACGUACGCGCCUUUGAUGCCACUCGAAAUGAACAACUUAUUGCGGACAUUCACUUUAUUGAUCUGAAGAAAAUCAGUGAAUCAACCAAAGACGAUAUACAAUUCUUGUGCUUAUUUCUUCACAAAGCCAAGCGAUUUGUGAAUCCGGUAAGGUCAACAGGCAGGUCUUGUGGUGGUGUGAUGUUUGCCAUUGGAUGGAGGAAAUCCAUGGCUAAGUUGGAAAUCUUGGGCAUUUAUCGAAAUCAGAAGGCAAUAGACAAGAAUCCCGAAGAAUACGCAGAACACGUCAAGGACUCCACCCGAGCUGGCCAGAUCCUCUGGCACUUAUUUCACCCGAUUGCAAAUGUCGCCCUCCAACAUAAUCAGGUUUUCAUGACUGAACACUGCAUCCCGGCCUUUUUUCAACCAGCAUUUUCCACUGAACAUCCUUCAUCCCCCGAUUCAUUCUUUUCCUCAAACCUGACUUUUACAACAAACGGCUUUUACAACCAUCCUCACGUUGACGACAAAGACGAACCAUCCCUACCUUUUGCUUUUCUUUUAUCAAUCCCCACCUGUAAAAGGACAGGAAACCUUGCCUUCAAGGCGGAUGGUUACGAUGUCAAGGAUGGGCACUUCAUUUUCCCUGAAUGUGGCUUUGGUAUCAAGUUUCAGCCGGAUAUGAUGUGCCUGGCCACCUUUCGACAAAGAGACUAUAUCCAUGGGACUCUCCCCCCUCGAGGACGUAGCCCAUUUGCUAGGCUUGGUAUGUCCAUGCAAAUUGCUGCAAAAGUCACUAGAGUGGCUGAUCGUGUGGUUCAUGAAGAUUUUGAAGAGAAAACUGAUAUGCAUUUUGGAGAUGUGGAAUUCUUGUUAACAAAAGGCUAAAAAAACAUAAUUGAUUUGUUGUUGCACUCCAUUGUUGCCCAAGAUAUGAUAUAGUACAAUGUUUUUCCCUCUUCUGAUGAUUUUUUCUUCCAGUGUUGUUCUUGAGGCUUUUGAAGAUAAACCUCAUAUGCAUUUUGAAGAAGUUCAAGUCUUGUCCAAGAAUUGUGAAGACAUAUUUCAGUGGAUGAACCCUAUUAUUGCCCAUGAUUUGUCAUUGAACCCCCUUUUGGGCUCUUCGGAUUAUCUAAUUUUUCCCUUGCUCAUAUGUUCCGUGUCAUCUUGACUGGUAAUGCUCAUGACCCAAAUUAUUUAAAAUAUAACUCUUGUUUGCUUGAUUUUUUAUGAUAAUUCCUUACAAUAGGAAGUCUUUGGUCAAUAAACAGCAUUUACACCAAUA